CCCUCUUUGGAAUCCGUAACUCUCCAUCUUUGACCACUGUAACAAAUACGAAAAAGGUAGCAGUCAGUUUAUUCAAAGGACAUUCAUCUGUGAAAAAAUAAACUCCUGGAGUUCCCUCAGUUUCCACAACAAGCAUGUCGGACAAGAGUGAGCUGAAAGCGGAGCUGGAGAGGAAGAAGCAGCGCCUGGCGCAGAUCAGAGAGGAGAAGAAGCGGAAAGAAGAGGAGCGGAAAAAGAAGGAGGCGGACCAGCGGAAAGAUGCCGGGCCGCUACCGGACGACUCGGACCUGGAGAAAAAGAGGCGGGAGGCAGAGGCCUUGCUGCAAAGCAUGGGAAUCACCCCCGAGGCUCCCGUUGUCCCGCCGCCUACGUCUCCCACCUCCAAGUCCGUGGGCACGCCGAGUGAGGCGGGGAGCCAGGACUCCGGAGACGGUGGCGUGGGACCCAGGACUCUGCACUGGGACUCUGAUCCGUCUACUCUUCAGCUUCACUCUGACCUGGGGCGAGGGCCUCUGAAGCUGGGGAUGGCCAAGGUCACCCACGUGGACUUCCCUCCGCGGGAGAUCGUGUCCUACACCAAGGAGACGCAGACCCCGGUGGUGACGCAGCAAAAGGAGGAGGAAGAAGAGGAUGAGGAGGUUGCCCCUCUCCAGCCGGUACAGGAGCUCCAGGAGGAGAAGCCGGUCCAGAAGGAGGAGCUGGAAGCGGGUCCACAUGAGCUGACGGAGGAGGAGAAGCUGCAGAUUCUGCACACGGAGGAGUUCAUGACCUUCUUCGACCACAGCACCCGCAUCGUGGAGCGUGCCCUCUCUGAACACGUGGACGUCUUCUUCGACUACAGCGGGCGGGACCUGGAGGAGAAGGAGGGGGAGAUCCAGGCUGGGGCCAAACUGAGCUUGAACAGACAGUUUGUGGACGAGCGCUGGUCUAAGCACCGCGUGGUCACCUGUCUGGAUUGGUCUCCCCAGUACCCCGAGCUGCUGGUCGCCUCCUACAACAACAAUGAAGACGCCCCGCACGAGCCCGACGGCGUGGCCCUGGUGUGGAACAUGAAGUACAAGAAGACCACGCCGGAGUAUGUCUUCCACUGCCAGUCUGCCGUCAUGUCCGCGGCCUUCACCAAGUUCCACCCCAACCUGGUGGUGGGGGGCACCUACUCGGGCCAGAUCGUGCUGUGGGACAACCGCAGCAACAAACGGACGCCGAUGCAGAGGACCCCUCUGUCCGCCGCAGCGCAUACGCACCCAGUGUACUGUGUAAAUGUGGUGGGCACCCAGAAUGCCCACAACCUCAUCAGCAUCUCCACAGAUGGCAAGAUGUGCUCCUGGAGCCUGGACAUGCUGUCCCAGCCACAGGACAGCCUCGAGCUGGUGUUUAAGCAGUCCAAAGCCGUGGCUGUCACAUCCAUGUCCUUCCCCCUCGGUGACGUCAACAACUUCGUGGUAGGGAGCGAGGAUGGCUCGGUCUACACCGCCUGUCGCCAUGGAAGCAAAGCGGGCAUCAGCGAGAUGUUCGAGGGCCACCACGGCCCCAUCACAGGGAUCCAUAGCCACACGGCCGCCGGCCCCAUCGACUUCUCCCACCUCUUCGUCACAUCCUCCUUCGACUGGACCGUCAAGCUGUGGAGCACCAAGAAUAACAAGCCCUUGUACUCCUUCGAGGACAACUCUGACUACGUCUAUGACGUCAUGUGGUCGCCCAACCACCCCGCCCUGUUUGCCUGUGUGGAUGGAGUUGGUCAUCUUGACCUCUGGAACCUCAACAAUGACACAGAGGUCCCCACGGCCAGCAUCACGGUGGAGGGCAAUCCGGCCCUGAAUCGAGUCCGGUGGGCCCAGUCCGGUAGAGAGGUUGCUGUGGGCGACUCCGACGGCCAGAUCCUCAUCUACGACGUCGGGGAGCAAAUCGCAGUGCCCCGCAGUGAUGAGUGGACGCGCUUCGCACGCACGCUGGCGGAGAUCCACGACAACCGCGAUGAGGCUGAGGAGCUGGCCGCCCAGCGCCUGCCCGCAUGAUCGGCGAAGCUGCUGUGCGCGCACGUCACGGCUUUCCUGACCUCCUGAUGUAGGAAGACAAGCAGGGUGUCGUCUGUGCUCAGGGGUCUCCGCAGUCUGUUUUUUUUUUUUAAAUAUGCAGACAGUUAAUUUAUCUAACCAGACAGUUUGCAGUCCGUCUUCCCUGGUGCUUCUUCCUGGGCUGUGAUCUUCACAGCUUUUUAAAUUUUUUUUUUUUUUUUUUUUAACACUACUACUCAAACAGCACUCGCAUGCUCCGUUUCUACGCUGGCAAGAAUCCAAAGCCUUAACCUGACGGCUCACCAUCCUCAGCGCGCGAUCUGAACGUCGCAUUUGGUAUUUCACUACCUACUUGGCAACACGCAUGUGGAAAACAUGCAGUCUCUUAGAUUAGUCUUUUUCUGUAAAACUUUUUAAUUCUUCUGAAAAAUACCUCCUGCGACUAGCCGUAUACUCUGGAAAUUCCAAGCACCUAGACUCUCAAGCUCACAUCAUGGGGGGACUUUUCUGUGCCCCACAAUAGAAGAUCUGCAUGUAUAUACUCUCUUCAACAAUCAAAGUGAUACCUUAUUCUGUAUAUCUGUCAGCACCGUAGAAAUGCUAGUAGCUGGACCAUAUUCUGCUGCCGUGUUAAAAUGAAGAUGAUAUCUGUACGACACGCUUACUGAAAAUGCACUAACUGUGUCCAGAAGUUAAGCCUUUUGUUUUGUCGUGCCGAUUUCUUUGCCUUUGUUUUCCCCUUCAGUGUCCAAAAAUUUGUCUCCAGACACAAGAACACGCAACGUUGAACGAUGUUAACGAUUUAUUUCAACAAAAUAUUAUGAAUUGCAUUAAAUUACUAAUAUUCA